GUAUUAAGCAUCCUUAUAACAAAUCUCUCAGUAGCCCUCGUCCUCGUCCUGGGGCGCGGGGUCGCCGUGGAUGACCAGCGGCAGCUCGCAGAGGCGCUUCAUCGUCUCCUCGUGGUUCCGCUCGUGCUCGGCCCACUCGAGGUGGUCGUAGGUCGGCUCGGCGGCCUGGAUGCGCGCGAGGAUUUUCUGGUUCUCGCGCGUGAUGCGCUGGAGCUCGCGCUUCCGUCGCUCGCGGUUGAGCGACUGCGAGUACUCGCCCGUGUCCUCCCGGAUGUCCAUGGACUGGUGGCGCAUGAUGUACGACAUCUUCUCGAGGAGCAGCCGGUUGUCGCGCUCGAUCUGGGCGUAGCGCUCCUCCAUCAUCUGCUCCUUCUUCGGGUUGCGGCGCUUGCCGCCCUGGCGCGUGUGCGGCUCCUUCGUGUCGAUGGAGGCCUUCAUCUCCCGCAGUUUCUUCUUGUGGCGUUCCUGCUGGGCCUUGACGAAGCGCGCGUGGCAGGCCUUGUUGCCGAUGGGCAUGGCGCGCCGGGCGCGGUCCAUGGUGGCUUGAGCUUGACCUCGGCUUCCCCUACAGGCGACCUUCUAGAGGCGCGGGGCGUCUUUUGUCGGGGCGGCUCGUCAACGGGGCUGGCCCUCGGGAGCGGCUCCGGGCGCACGGCGACGGGCGCGGUUCUCCCGUUCGUUUGGAGCGCUUCUUGAGAGCGACCGGCGGCGGCGGGCGGGGCAGCGCGCGGGUCCUCGCGUCGCACACUGGCUUCGCAAUAACACCG